UUGAAAUUCAACGUCUCUUUUCUGUUUUCGCGACAGUUCGGAACAGUAGGAAAUUCGUACAUUUUCUGUAAUUUUUCGCAGCUGAUAGGAUCUCUUCGGAGUAGCUUCUAAUUUAUAAACUUUUGAGGAAUUGUGUUAAAAAUGACUGACGAUACAGUUUGUGUUGCUCUACGAAUUCGUCCAUUAGUGUUAAGUGAGAUCGAAAAAGGAUGUCAAGUAUGCUUGGAUGUUGUUCCUGGAGAACCACAAGUUCGCAUAUGUAAUACCGACAAGGCGUUUACAUAUAAUUAUGUUUUUCCUCCUGAAGUGGAACAGGAAGAUUUUUAUAAUACAGCUAUUAGGCGGUUGCUAGAUAAUACUUUUCAGGGUUACAAUGUGACAAUAUUGGCGUAUGGACAAACUGGAAGUGGCAAAACUUAUUCUAUGGGCACCCAUUACGUAGGAAUGGGAGAAAUGGGCAUAAUACCAAGAGUCGCCCAUGAUAUAUUUGAUAUAAUUAAAUCUAAGGAAGAUUGGAGUUUUAAAGUUUCUGUAUCAUUUAUGGAAUUAUAUCAGGAACAAUUGUAUGAUCUCUUAUCCAAUAAGCAGAGAAAUCAGUCUAUUGUAGAUAUCAGAGAAGAUGGGAAAAGUAUAAAAAUUUUUGGUGUAACUGAAAAAGAAGUUACAAAUGCCCAAGAAACAUUAGAAUGUUUGACCCAGGGUGCUUUGGGUCGUGUAACUGGGGCGACUGCUAUGAAUGCACAUAGUAGUCGUAGCCAUGCAAUAUUCACAAUAUGUAUACAUCAACAAAAGAUAAAUGAUCCAAAUAAAGCAACAGUGGCCAAAUUUCACCUAGUUGAUCUAGCGGGCUCGGAACGUAGUAAAAAGACUCUAGCCACUGGAGAGCGUUUUAAGGAAGGCGUGAAUAUAAAUAAGGGACUGUUAGCUUUGGGCAAUGUAAUUUCACAACUCGGUGAUGGUGCUCCUGGAACAUACGUUGGAUAUAGAGAUAGUAAACUCACAAGAUUAUUACAGGAUUCUCUAGGUGGUAAUUCCAUGACUCUUAUGGUUGCCUGUGUUAGCCCCGCUGAUUAUAACUUGGACGAAACUCUUAGUACCUUGAGAUAUGCGGAUCGCGCACGUAAAAUAAAAAAUAAGCCGAUCGUAAAUCAAGAUUCGAAGGUAGCCGAGAUUAAUCGAUUGAAUAAGAUUGUUCAGGAAUUGCGAUUGGCUAUUUUAAAUCAGGAAUCUGGUAUUACGUGUCCUAAAGAACAUGAAGAACUCGAAGAGAAAUAUAGCAUAUUGCAGCAAAAAUUCAGAGAUAUGACAGAGAAAUUAAAUUUGAAUUUAGGGGAAAUCGUUGUUAUGCAUGAACGAGCGGAAAUGGCUGAACAAGCUCGGGAAAAGAUUAGAUCUGCGAUGGCAACAAUAUUAGAUGAAUUUAAUCAAAUUUUACAAAAUCUUAAUGAUUGUUCUGCAGUUAACAACGAAACGUAUAAUACAUUAAAAGCAAUAUAUGAAAAAAUGUUAGAUAUCCAAAAUGAUGAAAAAAAAGCAUCUGCAGAACUUAUAAAUCACGAAAUAUAUAAUUCUAAAUAUUGUAUGACACGUGUGGAAGAAGAAAGCCCAGAAUGUAUAGAAGAAUUAAAUAAUGUUGAAGACAGUUUAGAUUAUUUUGAUAAAAAGGAGGAAGAACACACAUUGCGGCAAGCGGAACGAAACAACGAAGUUCAAAAUAUCAAUAAGGAGUUGGCACUUAAAGAAACUCUUAUAACAGAGCUCUUAAAGAAUGUUACACAAACUACAGAGAGCCAUAAAAAUAUUGUGGAAAUGGAACAAGAAAUUAAACGACUGCAUGCGGAAAAAGAAGAAUAUUUACAAGUGGCACAUACGCACAAUAUUAGUUCCAAAUUAGCUGAAACACGUCGCAAAAAAGUGCAAGAAUUAGAAAAAAAGAUAACGGAAUUAACGCGUAAAUGUAUGGAACAAAACAAAAUAAUCAAGACAAAGGAAAAGCAGGAACAAAAAGUCAAAACUCUUUCCAGCGAGAUACAAUCACUAAAAGAGACUCGAAUCAAGCUUAUCAGGCAAAUGCGUAAUGAUGUGAAUAAUUUUACAAAAUGGAAGCAAUCUAAAGAAAAGGAGAUUAAUAGAUUGAAAGCUCAAGAUCGUAAGCGCGCUUGUGAAAUGGUACGCAUGCAAAUGCAACAUAAUAAACAGGAAAAUGUCUUCAAGAGAAAAAUGGAGGAAGCUUUUGCAGUUAACAAAAGAUUAAAGGGUGCAUUGGAAAUGCAGAAAAAGGCAAUGCAUCGACAAGAAAAGAAGGCUGCUAACAGCAAAGAUGAGAUGGAAACAUGGAUAGCUCAGGAAUUUGAAGUGUUAGUGGCCACUGUAGAAGCAAAUCACUCUCUUGAAAGAUUAAUGCAAGAUAGAGCUUCUUUGGUGCGUCAAUUAGAGCAAUUAAAAAAAAAUGGCAACUUAAACGAAGAGAAACUUGUCACUGAAUUUAUACAGUUGCGUAAUGAUCAAAUUAAAGACCUGCAACAAAAAAUUCUCGAAUCAGAUCAAGAGACUAGAGAAAAUAGCAGAUGGAAUAUGAUACAUACAAUAGCAGAUGCCAGGAUGGCAUUUAAAACUCUUUUCGACAUAAUUAAACAAGAUAGGAAGCAACAAUGUUACAAAUAUAAUGAAUUGAAAGAAAAGAAUCAGAAUUUAGAAGCGCAAUUCGAGGAAUAUAGGAAGCGGGAGAAAGAGAACAAAAUUGUAGCUUCACAAAAUACAUCUAAUGCAUCUUCCACUGACACUUCAAUAAAACAAAUUUUGGACGAAAGUAAUUUUAGUAAUAAAAGUAAAAGAUCAUUGAAAAAGGAAAAAGCAAUAUCUAAAAUAGAACUUAUCGAUGCUGAUGAGAAUGCUGACUUACAUGAUAGUAUUACAAUUGAAGAUGAUGUUAGCAAAGAUCCAGAUUGGAUGAACACACCACUUUAUAAUCGCAUACAGAAAUUACAGAAUAAAUCCAAACUGUCGAUUCAACGAUUGACCUUUAAUAAAAUAGACCCUAAUGAAGUAAAAUGUUCGUGUAAAACAAAAUGUUCCACGCGAGUAUGUUCGUGCCGUAAGAACAACGUUACUUGCAACAAUUGUAAUUGUGAUCCAGAAAAAUGUCAGAAUAAAAAUAAAGAAAAUUUGCGAAGUACUCUGUUUUCGGAUGUUUUGGAAAAGGUCAAAUGGAUGAAUCCCAGAGCAUGCACAAAUGAGGCGUACAUUCCUACUCCAAUAGAACAUGUAGCAAAUGUGGCAACUCAUGGAAUAUGGGUUGUGCCAUCAGUGAUUGGCGGCAUCGAGCUUAUACGACGCUCAACGACGUGGGCCCAACUUGUGUCCGCGUGUGUAUACGGCACUUCCUUGAUUCUUGUCUUCGCGGUGUCAACCUUUUUCCAUAGCGUACACUAUUGCAAUCAUAAUAGACAAUUAAAGGAUGCGUUACAUCGCUGUGAUCGUGCUAUGAUAUAUAUCUUCAUAGCAGCCAGUUAUUUUCCAUGGUUAAAUGUGGAACACUUCUCAGACGAUGAGCUCUUGUUUGCAAUGCGAUACGUUGUCUGGAUCAUGGCUAUAAUGGGCAUCCUUUACCAGCAAAUCUUCCAUGAGAAGUACAAGAUGCUUGAAACUAUUUUCUAUGUAGUUAUGGGUAUUGGACCUAGCGUUGCAAUCCUUAAUGUUUGUAAUUAUUACAAUAUUACGGAAUUAAAACUAGGCGGACUGAUAUACGUACUUGGUAUAGUAUUUUUCAAAUCGGACGGUCGUAUACCUUGCGCGCACGCAAUCUGGCAUCUUUUCGUGGCCGCGGCAGCUGGAUUUCAUUACUACGCGAUUCUAAGCCACGUAUUUCCCGAGACAGACCUGACGAACGUUCCUGGAGCAUCCAGCAAUAUACCACCGUUAUCUAAUGUGCUAAAAUCACAUAUAGAAUUGUAGGAGUUGUAUACUAUUUUCUACAAUAUUUCUUCCAAAUGCUAAGGAUUCUAAAAAACGUUCUAGUAAUUUCAGGGAUAAACCAAACCCUGUAUAUAUUCUGAUAGAAAGAUGUCUUUUAUUUCUACUCAUUUGGAGAAAUUUUUGAUAAAAUUGAUUUUUUAUACAUUCGUGGACUCUUGUCUGUAUUAGACAGUCGGCUUAUUGCGAUUAUUCCAAACGUUAGUAAGCAAAAGUCGUGCAAUUGUGUAAAAGUUUUUAUUUAGAAAAUGACGAAGCACGUAUUAAAAAAAGUUGAGUACCUGACGGUUAUAUGUUGAAAUAAAACAAUAGUUAUUAGCAGAUGAUGAUAUGACUCAGUUACGUGAAUUGUAUUACAAGUUCGAAUAUGAUACAGUGAAUAUUGUGUCUUUCAUAUGAUUGAGUAUGCUAGUCUUAAAACCAUUUAUGAAUGCCAAAUUAUUGUAUAAAAAGAAGAUAUUUAUCUUAUAUUAAACGUGUAUUAAAUUUGAAAAUUACAUAUUGAAAAUAGUACAGGUUAUUAUUUUCGGAGUAAAUGCGAUAUUUUGUUUUACACUGAGUUUUAUAAGAGUCUUUACAUUAGGAUCUACAAAAUGUAGAUACUAAACAUUAGCUUAACUGUGAAUGGAAACCAAAUUGACUGAAAUGCAAUCUUUUUGCUUUCUACCAGAAGUGUCAAUCGUCUUUAUGUUUACAAAUGUAUUGUGCCAAAAUUAACAUCAUGUUUGUGUCUAUCUAAUAUAAAGGUUUCCAACACACCUAUAGAUAUAAUAUAUAGAUAUAACAAUAUAACUGUAUUUAUAUUGUUACUAUGUAUGAUACAAUCUUUGUGUAAAAAAGGGACAGAAUAUUACUUGAAGUACAGUAAUUUUGCAAGUAUUUUGAUGUGUAGUUAUGAAUAAGAGGAUCUCUAUAGAUAAUUACAAUUAUCAAACGUUUCACACAUAUAAUGUAGUAUGUUACAACAAUGGCCUUAAUUGUACUCUUGAUAUUUUGACUAUGAGAAUAUUUGUUAUAAAGUUUAAUCUUUUAUUAACUGGUUUGUAUAUUAAUAAUUAUAAUUAUUAUAAUUAUUAUAUACAGU